UGGACAACCAGCCCCGGCCUGGAUCCACAGCGUCGCACAACGGUUCCGUUGAAACCCGCGUCUAGCAGCGCCGUGCAGCACUCCACCGUUCCACCGAUCGUCGUCUGGGACAUCGUGUCUUCGUCUAUCCCUUCGGUAUAUCCGCCAUUCCGACUCCUUGGCCUCGGUUUUCGCCUCGGUUUUCCUGGCCGUUGGCCGAGUUUCGUGCGCGUUCCCGUUUGCCCAUCGGAUCGACCACCGUGGCGCACAACCCGGUUUAUCCCUAGCUUCCCGUUUCUAUCGACUUAACCAGGGCAACAGCAACGCGACAAAGUGAGAGUGCGAUGGAUUAUGGACGUCUCCGGAAGAUUUCCAGCAAGUACGACGGAUCGGUGAUGCCCAGAAUCCUUCAUUCGAAGGACACGGUUCGUUAUCGGUACCACUGUCUGUUGGAGCAAUGAACCGGUGGAUCGGGGUGCAUUGAUUCUUAGUGUAUUUUCAUGUAAAAGACUGUUCAACGGGAGAAAUGGAAGAUAAACUGGAGAAUUAUCGUGGUACUCCGUUAUGAACAGGACUGAACAGUGUCCGUCGGAAAGAGACUGGGGAAAGAGUACCUAGUGCUCGAGGAGUAGAAGAAUACCGAAGACCUGUGUAAUCAUUUCGGAGUUUCUAUCGAGAGAAGUGCGUUCGAUCGGCUAAUUUAUGACACUAUGCAACUAAAAUGUCAGAGGUAUCUCGUGAACGUUUCAACGUUGGUUAACGAUCGGGCAGGUAUCCUGCUCGAAGAUGAUGCUCCCUCCAGGCAACAUUAAACGGACGGAAUCCGUCAGGUAGGUGGCUCCGAGCGAACUCAAAGUCGUCGAAUCAACGAGUAGAUUAAAAAAGGAACAACAAAUUCGAGAGUCCUUUCCUGUCGCCAUGGGAAGGUUAAAGUCGGACAAGGCCUAACUUCUUCGUGGAAGAGAUUCGACAGACCCGAGGUGAACUUCCACCAGGAAAAGAAAGAGAAGUUAAAGAAAAGAUGUCAAACACUCCACCGACGUCGUCCAUCGGUUUAGACUCGUCCGAUCUCCACGAGAUCAGACAGAAUCACCUGGCGAGCCGGUUAGAGAUCGACGAGUCCGAGAAACGGGACCAGGUGCGAGGGAAUGACGGCAACGAGCCCGACAGCGAUUGCGAAAGCGACACCAGCGAGGUGUUGAGCGUCGGUAGCGAACCGACGCCCACCAGCGUCGUUGGGAUACGUGGUUGCGGUUCGGUCAGGUACGACCAGGAAUCGGCUAGCAGUCGGUGCGACUUUCGCGACGAAGAGAACACCAGGAUAUCGGCGACACCAUCGCCUUCUAGCUCAACGAGCUGCAACGAUGCGUUUUAUCAACGUACGAGUAAUCAUAUCCCAGCACCCAGUCCACCGGCGUACAGUCAACCACCAUCCUCGCCCACGGCAUCCUCCGUCAGAUCACCGGCUUCCUCUUCGGCCACCGCCUCGUCCCCGGGUCGUCCAGAGGCUAUCCCGGACGUCAUAGUGCCCAGGUAUCAGUCCACUCAUCCUCAGCACUUGUUACCACGAUACUCGUCCAGGGAAUCCGACAUUUCCGACUACCCGACGCGAGUUCAACACGCUCUCGGUCACGAAAUCGUGUACCCGACUGUCGAGAGGUUGCACCGCACCCCUAUCAGCGUUCCCCUGGUCACGAGACUGUCCUUGUCACCACCGUCGGCCAUGACGGUGACCGGUCUGCAAGCGACCACCCCUGUCCUUCACCCAACGGCCUGCCGAGAUCCUCGGGAAACAGCCUCGUUGAUGCCUCACCCUGGUCAACACCUGCACCACGUAAACAGCCACGUUCAUCUGCACCAAACCUCCCAGGUGCAACACAUACCCGCGAAUUCGGUGCACCAACAUCGUCUCUCGGUUAAUAAGAUCCUUCAAAGGGAACCCGGUAGCCCCGCUUCACCCGGGGCGAGGGAAGAAAACGGAAGAACCAUACCGGCGGCCAAUGGCGUGCAAAACAACGGCAUCAACAACACCAAUCAUCACAACAAUCAUAAUAAUAACAAUAACAAUAACCUGCAACAUCAGGCUAGUCUGAAGUUCAGUAUAGAUAAUAUUCUGAAGGCAGACUUCGGCAGAAGGAUCACGGAUCCUAUUUCUUUGAAGAAAUCCAGACCGAAGAAGGUUGCCUCGAGACCGAUCGACCUGACGAAAGACUUUUUAGAAUCGUCCUCGGAAACGUCGGAGAAGAGCAGCUCGGAGACGACCUCGACGACUAACGCGUCGCCUGGAGCCGUGUCGAGCGGGAAUACUGCAUCGAACGCAACCGGACCACCUGUGACCGAUCCUGGCAAGCAGUUACCCUGGCCUGCCUGGGUCUACUGCACCAGGUACUCGGACCGGCCCUCCUCUGGACGAAGAUCCCACCGUGUUGCAGGUCCACGUACGAGAAGGGUGAAGAGAUCGGACAAUCGGGGCAGCAGCGGCACCCCCGAAGAGAAACGUCCGAGAACAGCGUUCAGUGGCGAACAACUGGCCAGGUUGAAGAGGGAAUUCGCGGAGAAUCGGUAUUUAACCGAACGAAGAAGACAACAGCUCUCGAGGGAUCUGGGCUUGAACGAGGCCCAGAUUAAGAUCUGGUUUCAGAACAAGAGAGCGAAAAUCAAGAAGGCAAGCGGGCAAAAGAAUCCGCUCGCUCUUCAACUGAUGGCACAGGGACUUUACAAUCAUUCGACGGUACCAUUGACGAAGGAGGAGGAGGAACAGGCGGCGGAACUUCAAGCGAAAUGAUGACAGUCAAAUGGUUAAGCUUUAAUUCAGUUAACGAAAUCAUUUAUACUUUAGGCUCUUGAAAAUUUGAAGGAGAAAUUUUCCUUUUUAAUCUGAUAAUUUAAUUUUUGAUCGAAUGAAUUUCUAAUUGAUCGAUGUUUCUCCUUCAAAGAAAUCAAGAUCAUUAUUGCAUUUUCAAAGUCUUCGUCGUUUCAUUUUCGUCGGGAUACUAUAAAAUCUUACGGAAAUUCCUAGUCACUCGUUUGUAUUUCAAUCGAAAGACUGGGACGUAUAUUUGAAUAAGUAUCUAGUGCCACCGAUUGGACGUUUAACGACGGUUUAGUCGUCACAGAGCUUCCCCGUUCUAUCCGGACGAAAUAGACUCGCGGUCGGAAGAAAGUUGUUUAAAAAGUGGAAAAAGCUCGCGGGUUAACGGAGUCAAGAAAGGCGAAUGAUAGCGAUCGUGCACGCGGUGAUCGUACCACGAUAACUAUCAUUCCUCGGUCGUCGUUUAUGAGAAAAGACUUGUUUGUUAGCACGCGCGUUCCUAACGAUGAAUAAUCUCGUAUUUAACCGAGGAUAAGAAGGAAAGAACCGUUUCGAUCGUACGUCACGAUAACAGCGUGAUAAUUCGUGUGAGUCAGGACGGAAUGGGUUUGUACAGUGCCAUUUUGUACAGUUUUCUUGCGAUCAUUUGAAUCGAAAAACACACAGUCGUUCUCUAAAGGAACCAGUAUUCAGAACAGAGAGAAAGAGAGAGAAAUUUCACCAAGAAAGUGUGAGAUGAGAGAGAGAGAAAAUGUGAGAUGAGAGAAAGAAAGGGAAAGAAUGAAAAUCUAGUUCUGUUUCUUUAAUUUAUUGUAAAAAUGUAAGAUAUCGUACAAUUGCGAUGUGCAAUAGAACCUAUACAUAUAUGUAUGAAGAGAAUAGAAAAGCUAUGUAUAGGUAUACAGAUAUAUAUAUAUAUAAAUAUAAAAGAAGAAGAUCAUCGUGUAAAUAAAGCGCAACUUUAGCGAGAACGUCGUCUCGAUAGACUGUUUAAAAGUAACUUAGUUAUUUAUUUACCUAUGCUAAUAAGGAAGGCUCGAUACAGUAUCGAGCGGUCCAUACGUUGUAAGAAUUAUUUAAAAAUCGAAAUUAAA